UGAUGGCAUUCUGGUGAAACAGGCUGAUCUUUCAAAGGUUGACCGACAGAAGACACCUUGGCUGCUCGUGCUCUUUCAUGUUCCCUGGUACAAUAGUAAUAAGGCUCAUCAAGGUGAAGGGGACAGCAUGAUGGCAGCAAUGGAGCCAUUGCUUUAUGCUGCCAGUGCGGAUAUAGUAUUUGCUGGUCAUGUUCAUGCUUAUGAACGAACGAAACGCGUGAACAAUGGAAAAUCAGAUACAUGCGGUGCUGUCCACAUAACCAUUGGUGAUGGCGGAAACAAAGAAGGCUUGGCUCACAAGUAUAAAAACCCACCACCCGAGUGGUCAGUUUUCCGGGAAGCAAGUUUUGGUCAUGGUGAGCUGAAUAUAGUGAAUUCAACCCAUGCCUUUUGGACCUGGCAUAGGAAUGAUGACGACGAGCCUGUUAGGUCCGAUCAGGUCUGGAUAACCUCGUUGGUUAGUUCAGGAUGUGUUGCUGAGAAGACACUUGAGUUAACGAAGAUACUUACGGAACCAUAGAGCUUGUAAUCACAU